AUGAACACACUCUCUUUCUCUCUCCCACACACACACAUACCCACUUACCCAUAUAUGAACACAGGCACACCCACUCUCUUGGACUGAGACAGAGGACAGUGCAUGGAGUUGCAGCUGCGUAAAUAGACUGGAUCUCUAGAAGAGACAGGAACUUGGGCACCAUCAGUAGUCACAGAUUCCGUGGGACAUUCAUUCAUCAGGAUUCCAAGAUGAACUCAUUUUCAGCCAAAAUACAGUCCAAGAUGGAGCUAGCCAGGACAAUGAAGGAUGAGGAUAAACUGUACAGGUACAAUGGAGUUCUUUACCCUGUCAUCAUGAGCCCCGUGGAGAAUCUGAAGGCACUAGAAGACCUGGAUGCCCGGCCAGAUGAUAUCAUGUUAGUUGCUUAUCCUAAAUGUGGGUUCAACUGGAUGGUUGCUGUGCUCCGGAAAAUCAUCACAGCUGGAACUGGACAGAAAGCAGAGUCAAGGAUACCUCCACUUAUUGAGUUCUAUGGACCGGAAAUGAUUGAGCCCCUUGCCCAGGCGCCGUCACCGAGGUUUCUCGGAACCCAUAUGCACCCUGACAACAUUCCAAUGUCGUUCAGUGUGAAUAAAACAAAGAUGCUGGUGAUUUUCCGAAACCCUAAAGACACUGUAGUUUCAUUUUAUCAUUUCUCCAACAAGAAUCCUGUUCUGCCAUCUGCAGAGUCAUGGGACCGUUUCUACUCAGACUUUAUGAGUGGUGAAGUUCCAUGGGGCUCAUAUUUUGACCAUGCUUUGGCCUGGGAGAAGCGGAUGAAUGAUCCGAAUGUCAUGAUUGUCACUUAUGAAGAGUUGAAGCAGGAUCUGAGUGGAGGGGUUCGACGAGUCUCUGAAUUCUUUGGCUUUAACCUAGAUGAUAACACCAUUGAAACAAUAGCAGAGGGAAGCACGUUCAGAGCCAUGAAGGAGAGUUCAAAAGAUUCUCAUGGACAGAUGGGCAAUGUUUUUUUCAGGAAAGGAGAGGUUGGAGACUGGAAAAACCAUUUCAGCCAUGACCAGAGCGAGCAAAUGGAUACUGUAUUUGAGAGACAUCUUGGUGGAACAAAACUGGGGGCCCAGCUAAAUUAUGAGCUGCAUUGUAAAUGGUAAACAAAUGAAGAGAGUACCACUGAUCAUCAGUACUACCACUUUCAAUAUCAACAAGCCAGGGGAAUGGUGAUGGCAUAGCACAACAGGUGUAUUACAGUAAUAGGCUACAGGAAAGUGCAUUUGCCUUUGUGUCUGUAAUAUGAACAGCAUCACAGCACUGGAGCAUUCAUACUAGGGGCAUUUCUUAAGACAUGGCUUCAGAAGGAGUAAGAAACUACAUGUAUAUUUUUAUUGUUUUUUUUUUUACAGAUUGUAGACUUUUGUUUUGUAUCUUUAUAAUAUGAUUUGUACAUUAAAUAGACAUAAUCAAUUUCACAUAUCCAA